AAAGUGUCUAGAAUGUUACUAUAAAUUACCAUAUUCUGUCAGGUUACAAAGGUGAAGAAAACUGAUUCUACGAGAUAUCUUUUGGAUAAAGUUAUCGAGAAGUGAAGAAAUUGGGCCUCAGACAAAAGUCUAUCCAUAUCUGAGCCUGUAUCAGAAAGCGAAGAAACUUACAAAUACAAAACGCAUUUUUAGUGAUAUUGUCCAAAACGUUUUAACAACCAACUUCGCACUUUUGAAGCAAAUCAAUUGUGAUGGCAUCAGUUAUGAAGUUCGUUCUAUUUGUGUUCAUAAUCAUUAUGGUGUUCUUAGAAGGAGAAUCGCAAUUAUUGCAGAAUGUGUCAUUUUUAGAGAAUGAUUUGAUAAAUUUCCUUUUCCCUAAAGAUCCAAAUUUAGUGAAAGUAAGGAAAUUAAAAGAAGGAAUGAAUGAUGCUACAGUAUUGGAUUUUCUCGGUCUAGUAGAGCAAUAUGGUUAUCCUGCCGAGGAACACUAUGUUACAACGGCUGAUGGUUACAAUUUGGUAAUACAUAGAAUACCUGGAAGUCCAUUGUUGAAUAACAAAGGGAUAAAAAAAGUUGCAUUUAUUCAACACGGCAUUCUGGCCUCAUCUGAUAGCUGGGUGCUAUUUGGACCUGGUAAAGAUCUUGCCUUUUUGUUGGCCGAUCAAGGAUAUGACGUAUGGUUUGGGAAUUUUAGAGGAAAUACGUAUUGCAGAUCACAUAAGAAUAUGACAGUAUACGAUCAUAAAUAUUGGCAGUUCAGUUUUCAUGAAAUGGGAACAAUGGAUUUGCCAACCAUGCUUGAUUACGUUCUCAAUUAUACACAGCAGGAAAGUUUAAAUUAUAUUGGUUAUUCAAUGGGAACUACUUCACUCUUCAUUCUCUUGUCAACGAAACCAGAAUACAAUGCAAAGAUAAGAUUGGCUAUUUGUCUCGCUCCAGUUGCUUUGUGGAUAAAAAUAUCUCCCACAUUUCAUGACAUUAUUAGCAUUAUUCCACCACUGAAGCAAUUCCUGGAAAACUAUGAAGUAUAUGACAUUUUUCCACAAUCUUUAAUAACUGUUACGGGAGGAAAAAUUUUAUGUAAUGACAAAGCAGUGACUCAGGUGAUUUGUAUUGCAAUUACCUUUCUGCUUGCUGGUUCUGAUCCAAAACAACUUAACACUACAGCACUACCAUAUUUGAUGUCAUAUUUUCCAGCUGGUGCUUCUAUGCAAACAUUAAAUCAUUAUUACCAAAAUAUUAUGACACAUAAUUUUGAAAAUUAUGAUUAUGGUAUCAUUGAUAAUUACAAGCGAUAUAAGCAAGAAACGCCUCCAAGUUAUGAUUUGAAUAAAAUUGUUAUACCAAUUGCUUUACUCUAUUCAGCUAAUGAUGUGAUUGCUUCAAAACAGAAUGCCAUCGAGUUAAGCAGCCGCUUGCCAAAUGUUGUUUUAAGUGAAGAAGUUCCAUAUAAGCUGUUUAGUCAUGCUGAUUUUACGUGGGCAAUCAACGUAAGAACUCUUCUAUAUGAUCGUGUAAUGGAAAUAAUAGAAAAGUUUGCUCUUAAUCAGAAUAUAACUAGGAAAUGAACAUUAUUAUUAUAUAUCAGUUAAAAAAAUCGUGAUAUUACUUUUACAUAUAGUUAUUCAAACGUUUCAAAAGAAAUAGUUAUCGAUCAUGUAUCUUCAUAAUUGUACAAUUAUUGUACUUAUACUCGUUUCUUGUGUUUGUUUUUUUAUAAUCUUCUUACUUUUUGUAACAUUUUUGGUAUUUUUAAUGAUAUAUUAAAAUACUUUUUGUUGAACAAACACAUAAGCAAACGUUAUUGUUACAAUUAUAAUAAACGAUAAAAAUUUUAGUCUCUUUUA